GUGCUUUCCCAUCCCAGCAGAGGUGGAGCAAUGUCUCAAGCAGCAGCGAACGCUCGAGGGCUUGAAGAACGUCCCCGCCGGACAGGAGUAUCCAAUGCACGACUCCUACUGCGUGCGAUGCUGUCUUUGGAGACCUCGAAAUGCGGGGAAAGUUCAUCACUGCAACGUUUGUCAGCGCUGUGUUGUAGGUUUCGAUCAUCACUGCGGAGUCUUCGGAAGAUGCAUUGUAAGGGCCAACAUGCCCUGUUUCCUGGCCAACAUUGGCAUGAUGUUUGCCGGUAUGGUCACUGCCAUGCUCGCCCUAAUGUCCUCUGGGGCAGUGGCAGAACAGGAAGGCAUGUGAGGCUGUCUCAACAGCGCGGUGACGGAGGAUUCCAUGGAUUGGUGGAGUGGGAUGCUUUUUCAGACGAAUUUGUG